AUGAGCGACCUUGCCCAUAAAACAGCUUUAGUUACAGGAGGAGGUUCGGGAAUUAACCUGAAACUUGCAAAGGCUCUCAGAGACAAGGGAUGCGCAGUCCUUAUUGCUGACAUCUCACUGACUCCCGCUGCCGCAACAUGGCUCAAGUCUCUUGGAGACCAAGUCAACCCCCGAGUGGUGUUUCACAAGACUGAUGUAACAUCACUUAAACAAUUGGCCAAGGUCUUUGAGGUCUUUGACAAGCAGAUCGGCGGAGUACCUGACAUCGUAGUGCCAGGCGCUGGCGUGUACGAAGGGUCCUUUCCUGGGUUCUGGGACGAUAAGGACGAAACGCUCAACUACAGGCUGUUUGACAUUAACAUUCUGCAUCCGAUUAGAAUGACACGCAUCGCGAUCCGGAAGAUGCGAGAGGCCAAGAAGUCGGGUACCAUCCUUCAUCUCUCAAGCAUUACCGCCCAAAAGCCCUCGGUUGUUCUUCCACUUUAUGCUGUAUCCAAAGCCGCUAUCAGCCAAUUCGUCCGUUGCAUGGCACCGCUCAACGAGAUGUGCGGUAUCAGAGUAGUUGGAAUUGCACCGGGGUUGGUUGACACGCCGCUGCUUCGUAAUAACUCGGGAUCACAGAAUCACGUUGAUCCGUCACAAGAUUUCUUGUUGCCUCCUGAGGAAGUUGUGAUGGCUAUGAUGGCAUUGCUCACUGAGGCCAAGUACACUGGGGGGACGGUUAUAGAGGUUGGUGAUAUUGGGAGUUGGAGGGAGGUGCACAUACUGGGAGAUGCUGGUCCUCAGGGCCGAUCAACUCGGGCAAGAGCCAAGACAUCCGAUGCCACAGCCAAGCUUGCAAAGAUGUUGCUGGGAGAUGAGACGAAUGUGUCUGGGCCCUCUAAGCUAUAA